AUGGAGGUAAAAAAAGAGGUAAUUCGAUACAUUCUUCAGUACCACUACGACCAAGAUGAAAAGGCGGAGCAGGCGGCCAAAAUUUGUGCUGUUUAUGGACCCAAUACAGUAUCGAAUGCAACAGCAAAACAGUGGUUCCUACGAUUCCGUUCUGGUAAUAUGGACGUCGAAAAUGAGGCACGCUCUGGUAGGCCAAUCGUCGAAAAUGUCGAUAAAAUCAUGGAAAUCGUCGAGUCGGACUGGCAUGUGAGCACUUAUUCCAUUGCCCAGGAACUGAAGAUUAGCCAGAAAACUGUUUGGAACCAUUUGCAUAAGGCUGGUCUCAAGAAGAAGCUCGAUGUAUGGGUGCCACACGAAUUGACGCAAAAGAACCUUUUAGACCGAAUUGAUGCCUGCGAUUCUUUACUGAAACGUAACGAAAUCGACCCAUUUUUGAACCCGAUGGGAACUGGUGAUGAAAAAUGGGUCACAUACGAGAACAACAGCCGAAAAAGAUCGUGGUCUAAUCGCGGUGAGCCGGCCAAAACGAUCGCCAAGCCCGGAUUAACGGCCAAGAAGGUUUUGCUGUGUGUUUGGUGGGAUUGGAAAGGAAUCAUCCACUAUGAGCUGCUCUCAUCAGGCCAAACACUCAAUUCGGACCUCUAUUGUCAACAACUGACCAGAUUGAAGCAGGCGAUUGACCAGAAGCAGCCAAAAUUGGCCAAUAGAAAGAGUGUUGUGUUCCAUCAAGACAACGCCAGGCCGCACACAUCAUUAACGACGCGCCAGAAGUUCCGAGAGCUUGGAUAG